CCGCGGCCCCCGCCGCCAUUGCCCCGCCCCUUAAAGCCGCCUUCCCGCCGCUGCUCGCGCUGGGCGAAGAUGGCGGCGGCCGCGCGCUGGGCGCUGCUGGGCCUGGUGCUGUGGCUGUGCGCGGCGGCGGCGGCGGCCGGGGCCGGCGAGCCCGAGGGGAAGCGGCGGGCGGGGCCGGCCAAGAAGAAGGACAUUCGGGACUACAACGACGCGGACAUGGCGCGGCUGCUGGAGCAGUGGGAGAAAGAUGAUGACAUUGAAGAAGGGGAUCUUCCUGAACACAAGAGGCCUCCAGCACCAAUAGAUUUCUCAAAAAUUGAUCCAGGCAAGCCUGAAAGUAUCCUGAAGUUGACAAAAAAGGGGAAGACUCUGAUGAUGUUUGUCACUGUGUCGGGAGACCCCACUGAAAAGGAGACGGAAGAAAUUACUAGCUUGUGGCAAGGCAGUCUCUUCAAUGCAAACUAUGAUGUACAAAGGUUUAUUGUUGGCUCAAAUCGUGCCAUAUUUAUGCUGCGUGAUGGUGGUUAUGCCUGGGAGAUCAAAGACUUUCUGAUAAAUCAAGAAAGGUGUGCGGAUGUUACUCUGGAAGGUCAGGUUUAUCCUGGCAAAGGAGCAAAAGAAAGUGAGAGAGUAAAAAACAAAACAAAACCUGAAAAAGCAAAGAAGAAAAAGGAUGCAGACAAGAAUUCUAAAGGCAUCAAAGAGGACAACCGAGCAACCAAACAGAGAGAUGAUCUAUGACAGACCUAUCAACCAGACUGAAUACUGCUCUCUUGUUCCUGGAAGGGAAACUGUUGCCAUACAACGCCUGGCUUUACUGGGGGGAAAGGAGGAGGCAGCAAUUACUGAGGUUAAAAGACUCAUGUUCAAAUACACCAGUUUACUAAUUAAUGUUGGUCAUUUGUUUAGCAACAGCACAGGUAAUGUUUAAUACCAGAGAUUGACUACUUUAGUUUGUAAUUUUUUUAUGGGUUUGUUUAACAUAUGAAUCUGUGCAUCUAACAUUACAAAUUAAAUGGGAAAGAAGGAAUACGGUUUCAGAAUCCACUAGUUUUCAUCUGUAGUAGCAACUGUCCAUCUUGAAUGUGUGUUAGUCAUUGAUUCAUAGUUGCUGCUAGGUAGCAGGAUACAUUGCUAGAAGAUGUUUCUGGGUGCCAGUUUUGCUGGAUUCAGUGGAGAAAACUGCCUAAAAUUGCAAAGAGCAGUGUUACCAUGGCCAAAGAUGCCUGAAAUCAUAAGGCUUAGGAUUUUUCUGGUUAUACUGCUUGUUUCUUUAAAAUAAAACAACCCUUCUGUCUGCCCCCCUCAAAAAUCCACACAAGUGCCUAGAAGCAUAGUAGAAACUAGGCAAAGAUUCAGCUAAUGCACUCUAAAUCAGCACAAAAUUGGUGCAGAAGGGAGAUUCUCUACCCAUCAGAAGUGAUACUGUCGAGGUUAAUGGAACUACAGUACUAUGAACAUUGUCCAACUGAAAGGAAAAAUCAGAUUCGUGGCAUUCAAACUGCUACUGCUGUCAAGAACAGUGCCUGUGGAAGCAAAUAUGUAUGCUGCAGUAUCUAGAGAGAGUUGGAAGAAGUAGCCUUAACUCUGUAAUAAAUUCAUUUUGCUAGUUUAAAGAGUUGCAUAAGUCUUUGAAAAAGCACUACUUACUGUACAGAGUUAAACUUUGAGUUAGAUGGGUCACUCUGAUGUUUAAUAACCAGUUUUUUAAAUAGAUUCCUGACUGAAAUGUUGGUUGUAAAUGAACAUUGAUUUAAAUACAAUGAAGUUUGAUGUACGGAAGCAAAUUAAAUUCCUCCUCAAAAGACUGUAUAAUUAGGGGGGGUUGUUAUUGUUUAAACUGUAUUCAGUCAAGUGCAUGGCUUAGAAUUGUUUCCCCUCUCUUAAUUUGUUAAGGAGUUUGUACGCUCCAUGUCCUUUUUCAGAGGAUGAGCACAGUAUUAGCUGUCUUCAUUUGAUACUACUAAGACAAUGUUGUUUUGAUUUUUAAGGUGCUAAAAUCCAAGUGUUUUGGAUGAAAGGUCCUAAUUGAACCAUAAUGGUUGGUCGUGUGGAAUACUUCGAUAUCAAAGAUGGGAAACUGACUUGCUGAGUGCUUGUUCCAAAAUAAAAGAUAUCACUGAACCUGAUGUUUUGUUAUUUUAAAGGCUUUACUUACUGAAACAGUAUAUAUGUGUAUAACCUGUUAAUUUAGUUAAAUGUUUGAGAGACAGGCUAACCCAUCUUUGUAUUCUCAUAGAGACUGAAUGAUGUCGAUGAAGAUUCCAGGUGAUCAUCAUUAUUUGCUUUGAUAUUUGUAUGAAUUCAUGAUUAAAGAAAUCUUUCCUACUGCA